UUAAAUUUUGUGUCCUAGGCACUACCACAGCCUGAUUGCUAAUCUGCAUUCAGCUUUGACUAGUUCCUCCCCAGUUUACCUCCACCACAGCCCAGUUCCCCUGGUGGCAGACCACCAAGUCUUUGCUAUGGCACUGUGGUCGCUACUCAGCACCCUGGUCUGGAGCCCUGGGUCUGUCCUGCUCAUGCUGGUUCUCCUGCUUCGACUAAGUCUGUGGUUCUGGCAUGAGUCUCGUCUUUGGGACCUCCAGCAGUGCUCCACAGACUUAACCGGGAAGACAGCAGUGGUGACCGGUGCCAACAGUGGCAUAGGGAAGGCUGUAUCCCAGGAGCUGGCCCGCCGUGGGGCCCGUGUGAUCCUUGCCUGCCGGAACCGGGAGCGUGGACAGCAAGCCCUGUCUGAGAUCCAAGUAGUCUCAAAGAGUAACUGCCUCCUGCUCAGCCAGGUGGACUUGAGCUCAAUGGCCUCCAUCCGGAGCUUUGUCCGGUGGCUUCUGCAGGAGUCUCCUGAGAUACACCUGCUGGUUAACAAUGCUGCAAUCUGUGGAAUCCCCAAGACACUUACCCCAGAGGGCCUUGAUUUCACUUUUGCUACCAACUAUGUUGGGCCCUUCCUGCUUACAAAUCUACUCCAAGGGGCCCUACAACGGGCGGGGUCAGCCCGGGUAGUGAAUGUGUCUUCCUUUCGGCAUGCCCAUGGCUAUGUUGAUGAGAAACAUCUGACAGGGGCUGGGAAGCCUUUGGCUUUUAACAAGAACUACGAUUGCAGCAAACUGCUCUUGACCUCCUUCACUGGGGAGCUUGCCCGGAGACUUCAAGGGACAGGUGUGACUGUGAACUCUGUGGACCCAGGUGUAGUAUACACAGAGAUCAUGAAGCAGUUCUCUUGGCCAUACCGAUGCUGCUUCUGGCUCUCCAGCAUCUUCUGUAAGAACGUCAAACAAGGGGCAAUCCCAGUCCUCUACCUGAGCUUGGCAAAGGAGCUGGAUGGUGUUUCUGGAAAAUAUUUUAGCAGUUCCUGUAUGAUAACUCUUCCCGCUAAAACUGCUCGGGAUCCUCAAGUGGCCCAAAGGCUCUGGAAUGCCACAGCCCAGCUAACAAACCUAGAGAAGAUGGACUAACCCUCUGCGACCCUGCUGAACCCUCUGCGAACUUGCGGUCCUCACAGGCUCCCAGCCCUCCUCUGAUCAUGCCUUUUGUUUAUUGGCUCUAAGUAUCAAUCACUUCUUCUUCCUACUGGCUCAGGGCUAUGAAAGCUCAGAUUAGCCAGAGGAUCAUUUCAGCUUCUAAUUUCCUGCCAGUUCUCUGAUGGAAGCAUUCAUCCUGUGGCCCCUAGAAUCUGCAAACCUAUGGAGUCCCACUUGGUGUUGAGACGGAGUAACAAGCCAAGCAGCAAGAUCAGUUAAUGCAGUGCUGGGAGCCCAUUGUUUUUCUCCUAGUGUCUGUUCAGCCAUAUACAUUUGGGAAUCAGCUCUUCAAAUUUCACACGCACACAAACCCUUCUGUGAUUCCAUUGUAUCUACUAUUUGAUCCUUUCCAAUAUCUUUACAAAAUUUUAAAUAAUUUUAUCCAUAAAGAUCUUACACUGGUUUUAUUACAUUUAAUUCAGGUACUACAUUUUGAUGCUAUUGUGAAUGAUGUCUUCACCUUUGUGUGCUGAUUGUCUGUUGAAUGACUGUAAUAAAUUAUCUAAGUUUCUUGAA